AUGAGUCAAAAGGGUGAAAGCAGCUACAACAAACACGAUGGUUAUGGAGAUUUAGAGGUGAAAGAAAUAGAUUUGACAAUAGCAAGGAGCAAUGCUACAAGUGUCAAUAGUUUGGAAGCGAAUUAUAGCAAUUUACAGUUGCGGGCCAGCAGCUGCAGUGGCUCAAAGAAUGCAGAAAAAUUGGGCUGCAGCCGGUUGAAUGAUACGGUUGACCGAUUGCGUGAAGAGGAAGACAUAAUGAUGAGUAUGAAAGGAGUUCAGUGUAGUGAGGACUGGUAUUUGGACUUGGGUUGUUCAACUCAUAUGACGGGAAGAAAAGAUUGGUUUGUUAAAAUCAAUCGGGCCAUGAAGAAUAAAUUAAAGUUUAUGGGUGACACUACUCUAAUGAUCGACGGUAUUAGUGAUGUUUUAAUCAUGAGAAGGGAUGGAGGACAUUCCUUGAUCAAAUAUGUCUUUUAUAUUUCGGGAAUUAAAUGUAACCUUCUAAGUAUUGGCCAAUUUCUUGAGACGGGGUAG